UUGAACUGAAUCAACCUAAAUUUUAGACCGAACUAAUUGAAAUUACCCAAAAUUCAAAUUGAAUUAACUGGAUAAACCAAAAAUUUUAACUGGACUAAUUAUCCCUAUUUACCAAGUUUACUUGAAUUUUUAACCAAAAUAUAAUUGGAACCAAAAAUUCCGGUUAGUCUCUAUAAAUUUUUCAGACAACCAAACUACCCGAAUACCGAGCCAAACGAACUACCAGAUAUUAAAUAAUUUGCAAAUUUUCUAAUUGCUUGAUUAGUUGUUACACGUUACAAGAAUCCAAAAGAUCUCAUAUACUUUUAAAAAACCAAAAUAUGAAUCGGACUUCUCCAUCAAAUAAUUUGCAAUUUUUCUAAUUGCUUGAUUAGUUGUUUGCACAUCACAAUCAUCCAAACACAUAUUUGCUUAAAAUACUAAUCAGAUUCCAUCUUCUCAUGAUCAGGAGCUAAAUAGAUGUGUUUUCAUAUUGAAGCAAAACACAUUUCUAAACACAAAGGAUUAACAAAGAAACAUGGCUGACAAUGAACUUCCUAUGAACUUGAGAGAAGACAACGUAAGUGAAGAAACAAAGAAACUGAUAUCUUCACUUCCUACAGACAAAGACUGUAUAGGGAAGCUCUGCAAGUACCAAGGAUGUUGGUAUUACUACAACACUCUCCAAGGAGUCAUCAAUUUCCAGAACAACUUUCAGGCACAAGAGACUGAUAUAAUUCUAGCUUCUUCCCCAAAAUCCGGCACAACUUGGCUCAAGGCACUCACGGUCGCACUCUUGGAGAGAUCUAAACAUCAUGAUGAUCAUCCAUUGCUGUCAGAUAAUCCUCAUGCCUUAGUACCAUUCUUGGAGAACAAUCUGUAUCUCAAAAGCUCAACACCGGACCUAACCAAGUACUCAUCAUCAUCAUCCCCGAGGCUGUUUGCGACUCACAUGCCUUUGCUCACAGUGAAAGAGGGACUCAAGGGUUCUCCUUGCAAGAUUGUGUUCAUGUGCAGGAACGCAAAGGAUGCGUUGAUAUCCCUAUGGUACUUCAGGUGCAAGUAUCAAAAACUCGAAAUGACUAGAGGCAUUCUCGAGUCAAUGUUCGAGUCUUUGUGCAGUGGAGUCAGCUUCUACGGUCCCAUAUGGGACCAUGUCCUUAGCUACUGGAGAGGAAGCUUGGAAGAUCCGAGUCAUGUUCUGUUCAUGAAGUACGAGGAAAUGAAAGAAGAGCCUUGUGUUCAGCUCAAGAGACUUGCGGAGUUCUUAGGUUGUCCUUUCACCGAGGAAGAAGAAGAGAGCGGAGCUGUGGAUAAGAUCUUGGAGCUCUGCUCCCUGCGUAGUCUUAGCGACUUGGAGAUCAACAGGACAGGGAAAACGUCUAACGGAGUGGACUACAAGUUCUAUUUCCGAAAAGGAGAAGUCGGGGACUCGAAGAAUCAUCUCACUCCUGAGAUGGAGAGCAAAAUCGAUAUGAUCAUAGAGGAAAAACUGAAAGGUUCAGGUUUGAGUUUCUAGAGUAUUGUUAUAUAUCCUCUGCUGCUGCUGCUGUUGUUGUUGUUGUUGUUGUCGUGUUUCUAUUAUUAACGUAAAUAAGAGUAACUUUGGUUUGAUUUGUAUUGUUCCAAUAAGGAGUUUGAAGAGUGAGAGGCAACUAUUAAGAAGAAAAUCUUCAUUAUCAUCAUCCUCUAAUCUAUUUCUUCCUUGAUAAAGGUAAGAAUGCUAAAGUUACAAAACAAAAAUAUAUCGGAAAGCAAAGUCUUGACACAAAGCCGCAAGUAUAAGAGAUCAGUUUCUUUUUAGUUUCUACACUUACGUAGUUACGUUGUCUUCCUCAUUGCGAGUCAUGUUUCAGAAAUGUAGUUUGCUUCAACAUGCAAACAUAUGUUAGUUUCUACACUUAAGUAUUUAACUUUUGAUCACGAGGAGGAACCCGAGUAAUUAUUAGUAUUUCAAGCAAAAUAUGUUUUGGGAUUAUUGUCACGUGCAAACGACUAAUCAAAGCAAUUAGGAAAAGAACUGCA